AUGGUUUCUGCGGAUAAUCUGAAUCUCGACGUCUUGGAGCUCAUUUUCGCGCAUCUCUCUGGCAAUGACCUUUCCUCGGUAGCCCUCGUUAGCCGAUCGUUUCUUGCUGGUGUGAUACCAAGGCUAUACAACACCCUUUCGUAUCGGUUGAGGCAGGGAAAAGGUUACGCGCUGGGUCAGGUCACAUCACCAUUCGCUGUUCUGAGAACACAUCCAGAGCUUGCCAUACACGUUCGAAAUAUAGGUCAGAUUACGCGCCAUUUAUUGAGUAUGACGCUGAAACCCUCAUCAGAAAUUCGAUAUGCACCGCCCGUCAUGCCCAACCUAUCUUGCCCCCACCCCGAGUUCAUUCGCGAAUGCUCCAACGCCAUCGAUAUUUGUCAUAAUCUCACGAAAUUCAAAUGUACUGGGGCCAACAUACUACCCUGCUUCGUCAAAUCGUUACAAGGAAAACCCCGAUUAGAAGGUCUGAGAGUCAAUGCAAACUUGUCUACAGAUCAAUCCAAGAUCCUCAUCCAACUCCAAAAACUCAAGACCCUCACACUUGAAUAUGCUUCUUGGAACGUCGUCGACGUUCUCCCUGUAUGGAUCACUUCGCUUAAGCAGACUCUGACGAGCCUUACACUUUAUAUGACAAGCGAGUUGAAUGAGAACACCCUGGAAGCAAUUCUGUCCGAACUGCCAGAUCUACGCGCUCUGCACGUCGUUGGAUGCCAGAGAUGUGAUCACGUAGUUGUGCUAAGGCUCGUUUCGUACACCCCCCUUCUCGAAAGCCUCUCAUUGACCACCACGGAAAGCACACGUCCACUUUGUCUCCCCGCGCCACCAUUACACCAUCUUCGCAACCUCGCCUUCGAUACGCGGUACUCCUUGUCGCCUUCUCCCUCUCCGAAUGUCCUCUCCACAAUUUUGACGCACCUCAAGUCGUCCGCGCCUCCACUAACAUCGUUCACCAUCAAACUCCCUGAACGGAAAGUAACGAUCGGACAUCCUUUCAUAACACAGCUCCUUGAGGCGCACAGUCACACAUUGCGUAGAUUGGCUUUCCUUGAUUGUGGUAUUGGGUUAGAUUCAAUAAACGAAAUAUCAAAGCAAUGUGUGCACCUGGAGCGUCUUGACGUAGCCAUCCCCGCGAGGGACAUUCUAUCGUUCACAGCUUCCAUCGCAAGGUCAUACAGCCUUCGCGUGGUUGUCGACGUGGAAAACCAUGUCGAUCAUGGUAUUCGACAGUCAUUGACGCAGGACAACAUCCGUUACAUGAUGGCGAGUGUUCGAAGUCUGAGAAAGGUUGUCAGUAUCACCGACAGGAGGGUAUGGACGGGCCGUCAGAACACAUUCAACAACAUCAUAGAAGUGACUCUGGAGCGGAAGCUCCCUCAUACCUCUGAUUGUGGGGCCUUCAACUGUAGCAACUGGAGAAAAGUGGCAACCAAUCUUCCUGCACUAUGGAUCUCCGGAGAUCUUCCAAUCGUUCAUCUGGCCGCCAACGCCUGCUUUUCGAAUCAGACUCAUUUAGAACCAGUUUCUGGAUCUAUGGCAAUUUGUACGAACACAUCAGGACGGGACCUGAGGCCUGAGUUCCCGUUUGAGUUUGAAAGUGUUAUUGACAUAUCUGAACCAUGGGCGUGCCGCAAACUUUCAGAGUUUUACGGAGCCUACUUCUGCCAGGUUCGGGAUGUGCUUUCGCAACUCACCGUUGACGAUACUUUGUUCCUUGUAUCAUGUGGUCCUGGAUCGGAAAGGGGUCCAUUGCUUAUUGGAAACGAGGACUCGUACUUUGACUUGUGGCCGGGCUCGCGGCCGGGCUCGCUAGCGAUGGCUGUGGAGAGGUGUAAAGCGAAGGUUCAGCUUAUUGUUCCUGCUCGUCGUCCGCGCUGGGUAAAUUCGCACUGGAGGCUGCCCACGGUGGGGACCUUGACACAGCACCAGAGGCAGGGUAUUGUUAAUGGGGUCUUUGACCUGGAUCACGUCUCUAAUUUGGCCAACUUGGACGCGUCACUCCACAACGCGACGGACAAAUAUGCGAUGUUCGCUGUGACCUGCUCGCACGAAUUCUUGGACUUGUACAUCAAACACAUCACAAGUGAGAACGAGAAAUGGGCAGCUCUACAUUCAGAAGGGAAAGUUUACACUCGGGAGCUGAAUCUGUCGGAUCCAUCGUAUCGUGUCCCCAGUUACGAACUCGUUGUUCUCCAACCUUACCAUUUCUUGCCGGACCACUCCUGGCUCCUUUUCUAUAAUCGGGCUCGGAAUGGACUGGUCGAAGGUGUGACGUCCUGUAAAAUAGUCAACAGAGUGCUUCGUCAAACUCCGUUUGAUGACACCUCGCCCACAUUCCCUUCAUUUUCCUCGUUCCCUACCUUACGGGAGAGCCUACAACAGAUGAUAAACCCCUACCUUGUCAUCUUGGCUGCUGAAAUCAAAUUUCGACGAUAUAACGCGGCUGGUGGUCCUGACCUUCCCUCGGUUUACGAUUCUCUGAUGCGGAAAACUAUUGAGGUCGCCGACUUGCUCUAUUUCCAACCUUCGGGGCCCUCAGGCCCUGCUACCAAUCAGUUCAUACGUAUGGACGAGACGUCAUAUAAUGUUCCAGUCAACUGGGGUGCCACGGCGACAGAGAUGGGUGUUCGCACUGGUGCUGAGGGCGAGUCUGGUGGUUCCACUGCCCAACAACAGAGGCGAUCCGCCGCUGGUGGUGGAACAAGACGCACGGACGCUGACUACUGGCGCAAUAUGCUUUCCGCCCGCGAUUUACUCCAGCCUCGAGUCGCGGUCAAUCUAUUGAACAGGUUGCGACGUGGAGGGCAUCUGUUGAAGUUUAAGGGUUUCGAAUUGAUUUCACAUGACUCAUCAGUUGGGAAAUUGGCACCCAUUUUCCCCAGUCUUGCUGCGAUGCUGCAAGACUUGAGUAGUUUCAAGCUCACUCAAGAAAUAGCUGACUUUCUCAAAGCUAAAUUCCAGGCUACCCUCCAUGGAACAGCACAAAAAACACCCUUUCCCCUGCACUGGACACUGGACCUGUUGGAUGACUGCAAUGGGAUAGUUGUUGUUUUGGUUGAGGCUUUCAAACACCCAAUCCGCACAACAUGGGAUGCCACGAGGUAUUGCGAUACCAUCGGCGCCGCCCUGACCGGACAAAAUCGUAAAACAGAAGAGAAAAUCUUGAAUAGGUACCCGCCCAUCUAUUCACCUAUUGUCCAUAAAAGUUCGCCUUUUGUGGUAACGGAUAUGCAUAACAAUGGGCUGGUUUGGUAUUUGCCUGACAUCCUUUCAGGAGCACGCCAGUUGCAGAUCUGGAAGUUCCUCAAAAUUCUUGAAUCAGCUUUGACGAUAGACGACAAGGCUACUACUAACUGGAGGAAUCAUAAAAUGCACUACAGGCCUGCAGAGCAAUGUCAACAACUCAAGCCCGGGACCGUGACUUUAUCGCCAGCAUGGUUCCAGCAAGGGCACGAGUCUUCCGAGUUCAAGCUUGAAGUCAGCGCGCAAAUGAAGCGUGGCGCCGUUGGGGCGCAGUGGAGCCUGGAAAUGCAAGAGUCAUCUGCUUUGAUUGGCGCCAUCCUGAGUAUCAUACAUCCACAACUUUAUGAGCAGGGAAUGGAGGCACUCCGCCGCCUCGAGACAGAAAAUGGGUUUGUGGAUGAUGAGGAAGAAUUGUACACGGCGCUGAAGCAUUGGACUCCCCCUUUCAGCGCCUUGUCAGUGAUUAGCAACCGGUCAACACCAGUACACCGUGACACCAAAGGGCGCAAUGAGUGGAUUGAUGUCCUAGUGCCUUUGGGAGAGAAAGACUCGACUGGAAUCAUGGAUUUCCCGGGUUUAGGCAUAUCCAUCAAGUACAACCCAUCGACAAUAGUUGGGGUUGCUGGCAAAGUGAUCUCACAUGGGGCAGUGUUUGAAGGGGGAGAAAGGGGGUGCAUUUCAUACUACAUGCGCAAUAAAGUUCAUGAGAGUAACUUUGCCGUUGUGGCUAGUGCGCCUGCGCUGCCUGUCACAAGGUCCGCACGCGUGGACCCUCGAAAGUCAACAGUCCUUGCUCCGCACCCAGAAGAGAUAUAUACAUGUCCUAUUGCUCAAGUAAAAAUUGCCACUCAAGAGUCACCCUCAUCAAGAUCCAUCGGCCCAGAUCCAUCUUCAUCUCCCUCACUACCACCUGGCUGCGCCUCUCUGAAGGCAGGCCAACCAUAA